UCCAGGUGAGACCGCGGAGGUGGAGCUCGACUUUGGAGACCGGGGGCAGCGCCAGGUACCACAGUGGAUGGAAGGAUGCGUAGUGCGGCGUGGCAGCUGCCCUCUUCUCCCCGGACCCAGCGCCUGGAGAGCCAGCCCUGCAGGGUGGGCUGGGCGAACUAAACUGCGUUCCUGGUGCAGGGCUUCGGGUCUCCCUAACAUACCUUAAAUGUUGAACAGCCGCCGCCUUGGCAGUGUCUCUUUGCUCAGAGAUCCUGAGACGACCACACUCGUCCAACAGCAGUCGCUCCACCAAGCCUGGGGAAAGCGAAUCGUUUUCUCCGCGUGCCCUGUCAGCCACUCAUGCUGCCCAGAGAGGAAUUUUAGUGGCAACAUUCUGGCUGUCAUGGCACUGAAAUUGCCAGGCCACUCCAAGUCAGAAGGACCACCAGGAAAAGUCAGGAAGAGAAUCACCAUCAGGUUCCAGCCUCUUUUUGUGACAAGGACUAGAUGGUUUGUUUGGUCUGCAGUGGGCUGUCUUCCCGCUGGACUCGCCUCUCCUGUAGAGCAGGCUGCCUCAAGGAAGAAGCUCACAGGGGACAUCUGACCUCCGAAACAGCAAGUGUGAAAUGCUUUAAAUAAGCCAAAACUAAACCAAUAGUUAUGUUAACUAAAAAUACAUUAAUACUACCGAAGACAGUCGAAUAUUAGAGGAAGAAAGUAAACUCUGACUUUGAGCGCUUUAUGCUUUAUUCGGAAAAUGAAUAAGAUGCAGUUCUGAAAACCUGAAAAUAUAAAUAGGAUAUGAUACACUAGAUGAAAACAAAACUUUCAGACCAUGUUUUCUUACUUAAAGCUCUAAUAAGUGAGAUAGCAAACUAUUCACUCAGAUAAUUAGUAACUGAUAUAAGGGUAUGUAUCAAUAACAGGUAUUAAGAUAAAAACUUUAUGAGCUUUUUCAUUUUAACAAGGGAUGAUGAUUUCAGACUUCCGCCACAACAUUAUGGUCGACAAAACAUUCUUAAUUCAUUUUACAUAGAUCUGACUCUAGAUUCUGAAACAAAGUUAUAAUCUUUUAUCUCUGAAGAUAGAGUACAGUGAGAUUUGGAAAGACACCACAAAAACUCAUGAUCCAAAAAAGAUUAAGGCUGGUAUUAUUAGGAGGAAGAGAAAGAGGACAAAAUCAAACUGGAUAGAUACAAUAGAGUUGUUUGUUUGUUAGAAUUGGCUUCCCAAGAGAUGGAAAAAGACACCGUCACAAUAGGAUUCAUGCUUUAGUAUUCAGCUACAGAAAUGUAAUAACUUUGCCAAAGUAAUUACAGUACAUAGAGUGGCAAUCGUUCUAUUAAAAGUAAAACCCAGUAAUACUAGGAUUUUUCUGGACAAUGAAGGAGAUUAGGUUUGAUCUUAUAACUUGAAUGCCAGGUCUCAUAUCUUUUCUUCAAGUGAUAUUUUUAUGAAACUACUUAGGCUGUGUUUCACACAGAGUAUGAUUUCUAACCUCUUAUAAUCUGUACAGUAAUAGAUUAUGAAGGAUGAAUUACUUGAAAGCUAUUUUGUGUCUUAUUUAAUAGAAGAGGAGCUCUUCAAUUCUGAAUUCUGUCUGCCACUUAUAAGCAGAAGAAAGUUUUUUUCUUUCAUUAUUUUAGCAACUAUCAAUAAAACAGUAUUAGACAUGCCUACUCUUCAGAGAUGUAAUGGGAAUAAAUUGUAAAGUACUUUUGAUGUUCUAA